UUAUUAAUUUUAUUAUUAUUAAUUUGUGUAAGUAUAGAGAAAAACGUAAUUUUGAAUUAAAGAAUUGUUAGUAACUAUAUUGUUUACUGUAGGACAACAAUUUUCAAAAUCUAUUGCAUUAAAAGCCAAAAUAGCAACAUCAAAAAGUCAAACUAUUUUUUUUCCUACACAAGAAGUAUUUCAAACUUGUUUAGUAAUAAGUAACGUUUCUUCGAGAGAUCUAUCAUUUGUUAUAUUACGUUUUCUUUGUGUCUAUGGCUUGUGAUUUAACGUCUUUGUUUCGUAACAUCCAACUCAACUAACCAAUUUUAAAUCAAUACUUUUGAUUGGUCCAUUCAAAUAACUGUCAAAUAAUACUAUUCGAGUAACCGUAAUCUUUCUUCGAUCAAUCAACAUAUUUUAAAACCUAAAACUUCAUUAAAAUGUCGCAAAACAUUAAUCCCUUGCUUGAGCAACAAUCUAGUGCUGUGAAGCAAAACGAUGAUUCUAAAAAACAUCAAAACGACAGUCAUGCGGUUACAAAAAGACUUCAUAAAGAGCUGAUGACCCUGAUGAUAUCUCCAGACAAAAGCAUUUCAGCAUUUCCAGAUGGGGAAAACUUGUUUAGAUGGAUCGGAACAAUAUCUGGACCGAAAGAUUCAGUCUAUGAAACACUUAAAUUUAAAUUGACUUUUCAAUUUCCCAACACGUAUCCCUACAGUGCACCAGUUGUUAAAUUUAUUACGCCAUGCUUUCACCCAAAUAUUGAUUCCAAUGGAAAUAUUUGUUUAGAUAUUUUAAAAGAUAAAUGGUCGGCUUUGUAUGAUGUUCGAACUAUUUUAUUAUCCAUUCAGUCCUUGUUAGGUGAACCAAACAUUGAUAGUCCAUUAAAUGCUUUAGCUGCUGAAACUUGGGAUAAAAAAGAAGAUUACCAGAAAUAUGUCUUCGAAAUGUACAAAGAAAUCUAAUAAAUAUUAUUUCUGAUAUUGCCAUCUAAUUUUUUAUCUUCUAUUUAAUUUGUAUAUUUGAUUAGUAUUUUUUUAAAUUUUGUUAUCAGAGACUCACUUGUCCCUUAUUAAUUGUAAAUAUAUUUUAACUAGUGAGAACAUCUAAUUUUCAUCAAAAAUUUUUGUUUUUGUAAUUUUAUUAGUCAAAUCAAUGAAGUGAAU